AGAAAAUAAUAGAGGCUUACAAUUGUCUAGAGGAUAUAAUAGCCUCUGCGCAACCACCGUCAACAAAAAUCGAUAAAAGCAAGCGCCAUUUUGAUUCACCUGUAAUUUCUACGUAAUUUAUGUAUAUAGAUGUUAUAUGGACACGGCUUAUCUGUACAUACGCGCCAUCUUAAAUGUAUUGCUCAUCAGACACCUGUUUUCCCGAAUGGUUUUUGUUCAUUAAAGGUUCUGAAUUAUAUACCAAACAGGACGUUUUUUUCCAGAAUUAGAAAGCUUAACUAAGGAGUAUGCAGAAGGAGAUGCCCCCUCCUGCCUACGCGGCACACCCGCCGCAGUAUGGGCACCCAUCGACCCACUAUGGGCAGCCCCCGCCGGUGAUCACCGCCCCUCAACCGGCUUAUAACCCCUACCCCUCUCCUAAUAACAACAUGACGAUGAACAACACAGUCACUGUUCCAACGGGAGGAUAUUCGCACGGUGGAGGAACUACUAUUAUCAGGACCCAGAGAGGCAAUAAUGGUUCUUGUUGCGCUGGUCAUCUCCCAAACUUCAAUGAUAUGGCGGGCAAGACCACGGGUCUUAUCAUGCUAUCCGGUGGGGUCAUUACCAUCAUCGUAAUAACAAUAUCUUUGAUCGUGAGGAGCGGCUACGAAGUCGGGGGACUCGGUGCGAGCAUCGGAGCUGCCAUCUUUCUAUACAUCCCAACCGGUAUUCUUGGCGUAUGCUCCCACGGGAAGUCGUCGUGUGUGGUGACAGCAUUUCUGAUCAUGUGCAUCUUGACAGCGCUUGAGGCCUUUGCGAUGACUGCUUAUGAAGGGGUAGCAGCAGGCCUCCUCUCGUAUGAUUACAUCUGCGAAUGGUUUUUCUGUUACUGGGAACAAAACUCGGUGGUCGUUGCCAUGCAUGUUAUCGCCUGCAUCAUCGCUUUCGUCAUCUUCAUCGCUGCCAUCGUCGGAUCCGGGUAUUCAUGCGCGGGAAUGAAUGGUGCCGUGGGCGACGUCCCGGCGACCAUGGUUGUGACCCAUCAUCCUGUACAACCAACAGUGCAGGCGACUACCACUACACACACCAGCUCUACAUAUGGAGGAAGUCACACAGCAACGAGCACUACAUACUACUAACCCAAUCAACAUCGUUUGCGAAACGGAAAACAAGAAAAGAAAACAAAUUAUCGUGUAUUUUUUUAUGGAACAAUCUGAGGUUGUGAAACUUAGUACAUCACAUCGUUCGAAAGAGAACAGGGCGAAUUUUUGCAUGAUUUUAAAGGUUUGUUGGUAUUUCAAACAAAAACAAAUGUAUUUGUUUUAUACGAUUUUAAAACCAGUUUUAUCAUUCAUUAUUUUGGUACCAUUAAUUUUAUAGUAUGCUUCGAUGAACAGAAGGGAUUUUGUCUACGAGAGAGUGGAAUUUAAAAUUGAAACUGAAUUUUGCAUUAUUCAUUGAAAAGGAAUAUUUUUAUUGAAAAUGUAAUUUUUAUUGAAAUCCCUUUGAUAUGUGAAUAAGUCUUUGAUUUCAUUUUUUUAUCUUUUGAAAAAAAAAGCAAAUAAUUGUAUAUCGUGCUGUAUAUAAGGAACGGUAUAAAAGCCUAUGGGGAUUUCCAGUUCCAUAGAGGCCAUAUUGUAAAUAUCAUAUAUAUAAAACUUAUAUUGUAAAUUCCUGCGUGCUAUCAAAAUGAAGUGUUCUUACAUCAUGUUACAAGAAAUCCGUUACUACUAUCGUCGGGUUUCAAAAAGCCUUUGCAUGUAUUUCGGAAAUAAAAGGGUUUAACAGCGCAUGUGCGCCCCACUCAUCUGUCAUUUUGGAUAUAACAGUCAUCAAGAUGUCUCGAUACAUUUUUUUAGAAAGUAACUUGUAUGGAGCUCUGUUGCAUGUUAUAUUUAAAAUACAUGGAGUUCUUCCGUUUUCUUAUUGACAAAAACAUCAUACAUGUAUUUUUACCAUGGCAGGCAGAGAAUAGUGUAAAGCUAGAAAAUAAACUAAAAGUUUUUUUUUCUGAAUUCCGUCCAAAAUUCAAGUCUAUCGUAAUAAUGUAUCAUUUUGUACAUAAACGGUAUGCUCUUUUCAAUGCUGUUUCGAUUGUGUGGACUAUUGUUUAUAGACAUCUAUUAAAGGCUUCUUUGAAAUAAAA